AUGGCUCGCGGCGAGACUCAGCAGACUAAGGUCCACUACAAGGGCAGCGACGACUUCAUCAUCUUCAUUGAUGAUGUUGAGACGUACCAGAAGUGGAAGAGCGACAAGAGCAUUCCUCUUGCUCACUUCAUUUCUUCCUUCAAGAUCUUCCUGACACACAACCAAGGAGUUCAGGGAAGUCUCGAUGCCGCUUCAAAGGCCGCUCUUGAGAACGAGUUUGGUACCUCUGUCGACGAUGAUGUCAUCAAGCAGAUCCUUGAGAAGGGCGAAACUCAGAACGUAGAGUUUCCCGAGCGUCAAGGUCCCAAGAACGACAGCAAGGGCGCUAUGAUCUCCCACUAG